UUGUAAGGCAUGCAAGCUCAUCGAGUGGGAAGACGACGGGGGCGCCUUGAUGGAGGCCAUGGGGGACGUUCCUAUCAGCAGGGUCUGCGGGGAGAACGCGGUGAAGCAUAUGCCUGGAGUCAAAUUUGAUGACCUCGUGGCUGAGAAGGACAAGGACGAGGUGGACGCAGAGAGCUUGGUGACCAACCUGCACGCCGAGGACGCCGACAAGCAGGAGAUGCCUACCGUCUCCGUCGGCGACGCCAUGCGGGUUGACCAGGAGAUGUACAUGAAGUACUCGGGCUUGACCUUCGCGGAGGUGGUCAAGGAGUUCGGUCAGACUCCCAAGAUGCUGGACAUCAAGCUCGCCGUCUUCUUCACUGCCACGGGUAGGGAGGUGGUCUACCCUUGCGAGCGCGACGAGAAAUUCAAGAGAAAGUACCCCACCGUGAAGAUCGGCUGCUCCAACAACAUCGUGGUGCAGCAGGGGCCCUCUGGGAGCGACCGUAGGGCCAUCUUCCCCACCCAGGGCCCGAUGAUGCUCGCUGCUGCUGGCAGUGCGACGGUGGGCGCUGGAAAAGAUCUGCAGGCGCCAUCCGUGCAAAGUGUGCGUCUCACCGUCAGGAGCAACGAGGUCCUGCAAGAGGAGGCUGAAAAGCUGAAGGAGGCGAAGGGGAAGAAGGCGAAAAGGGGGCUGAAGUCUGGGGGCACGGCCGAGCUGCUGGCCGUGGACGGCGAAGACUCCGACGAGGACCAGGAGGCUUUGUCGGCCUUGGAGGCUGCCCGCGGAAGCGACGGGACGCCUGCCAAGUGGCCUCGCGCGUCGCCAUCGCCGACUGCGUCGAGGGCAGGUUCGAGGGCAAGCUGUGCGCGAUCGGUGGCGCCGAACCCCCACAAGUGCGGCACCGCCGCCUACUGGAUGCACGAGCUUGACAUUGACAAGGCCCUGGAUGGAUCGAAGCUUGGACAGCCCUUGAAUCAGGCAUCGCUCCUCAUGCCCAAGCUCGACGUGACCGAGCGCGGCCUGCUGACGAAGAGGAUGGACCUCGUGAGAGACGCCGUGACGAUGAACUGCGACAACUGCCACAACUUGAAGGAUGCGGAGCUCAUCGGAAAGGCAAACGAGCUGGCGAAGUCAGGGGCGAAGCCGACUUUGAAGUUGUGGGUUGCUCUCGCAAAGCGGUACACGAACAACACGUUCGAGAAGGUCGAGAAGAUGACCGAGAAGUCUGAGAUCAAGGCUGAGCUCAAGGACUACCUGCAACACAUCUGCAUGUGGAACGGCUCUUCGAAGAGGGUGCUGGACGACGGCUGCACCACUAAGCCGCCGUUGCGUCUCACAGGCUUGGUCGACCAGCAGCUGUCACCUGGGCUUAUUCUGCAGAGCCGGAUUUUUCUGGCCUCCGCGCCUUUUGUCGUUGAGUCGGAAGGCCACGUCGUGCACGUGUUCGACCUACGCGACCCAGGCCAGCGCAACGACGCCCAGGUCAAUGCAGCCCCGCGUGUUGCAACAAGCUCGCUUUAG